CGACUUUUCACCUGCUCGACCGACGGCGACGCACGAAAGUCAACGGCGUACACAUCUUCAGUACUACUAGCUGUUUACGAAAGAAAAUAAGCCUUACAUACGAGCACACAAAUCAACACAGGGCCAUGGAAAUUUCACUAGGGCCCAAAUGCGCUCAACAGGUCCAUGCAAGGUCUAUGGACGACCCACCGCAAAAAGAUUAACUUGAACGCACCUCCUACGCCUCCUUCACCUGCACCUGCACCUGCACCUCCUUCAUCCUCCACUCCUUCGACAUCCACUGCUCCUGCGUCUUCCAAUGACUCCCGUCCUCCCAACUCGAAUGGAAAACGUAAAACCCGUCCCUCCCGCACAGACGAUAAAGAUACCAAACGCAGUCGCACCACCACCUCCACCUCAAACGGUGUCGCCAACUCAAGCUACAACCCCAACUCCAAGCACGCAAAUGAAAUCCCCUCCUCCUACACCCCCCCUUCCACCCGCCUCUCCGACCUCGGCGGUCUCUCCCCCAUCAUCGAAAAAAUGUUAGAGUUAGUCGCGAUGCCGCUCUCGCAUCCGGAAAUUUAUCUGUGGACGGGCGUGCAGCCGCCGAGGGGGGUGUUGUUGCAUGGGCCGCCGGGGUGUGGGAAGACUAUGUUGGCGAGGGCUAUUGGGGGGGAACUCGGCGUGCCCUUCAUCCAAGUCUCGGCGCCGUCCAUCGUUUCGGGCAUGUCUGGCGAGUCGGAGAAGACGCUAAGGGAGACGUUCGAGGAGGCGAAGCGCGUCGCCCCCUGCCUGCUCUUCAUCGACGAAAUCGACGCGAUCACUCCGAAGCGGGAGAGCGCGCAGCGGGAGAUGGAGAGGAGGAUCGUGGCGCAGUUCUUGACUUGUAUGGAUGAACUCUCCUGGGAUAAAACCGAAAACAAGCCCGUAAUAGUCAUCGGCGCGACGAACCGGCCGGACGCGCUCGAUGCGGCGUUGAGGAGAGCUGGGAGGUUCGAUCAUGAGAUUAGUAUGGGGGUGCCGGAUGAUGAGGGGCGGGCGCAGAUCCUUAAAGUCCUCUGCUCCAAACUGCGCCUCGAGGGUGAUUUCGACUUUACGGCGUUAGCGAAAGCGACGCCGGGGUAUGUAGGUGCGGAUUUGACGGCGUUGACGGGCGCGGCGGGGAUCAUUGCUGUUAAGAGGAUAUUUAGGGGGAUUUCGGAUGGGUCGAUCGUUAUUCCUGAGGUGGAUCCUUCCGAGGGGGUCACUGCUGAAGGAGUUACAUCGACGACGACGAAGACGCCCAACGAUAACACAUCCGCCCCAUUCUCCACCCUCCUCACCCUCCCCACCCUCUCCAACCUCCCCACCGCCUCCUCAAUCGCCCACUUCCUCCACACGCACCCCUCCCCCCUAACCCCCCUCCAACUAACCCCCCUCCACCUCACCUCCUCCGACUUCCACCUCGCCCUCUCACAAAUCCAACCCUCCUCCCUCCGCGAAGGUUUCACCACCGUCCCUAACGUAUCCUGGUCCGACAUCGGUGCCCUCCAGGGUAUAAGAAGUGAAUUGCAUAUGGCGGUGGUGCAGCCGAUUAGGAGGCCGGAGGUGUUUAGGAGGGUGGGGAUUGAGGCGCCGUGUGGGGUGUUGAUGUGGGGACCGCCCGGGUGUGGGAAGACGUUGCUUGCGAAGGCGGUGGCGAGUGAGAGUGGAGCGAAUUUUGUGAGCGUGAAGGGGCCGGAGUUGUUGAAUAAGUAUGUUGGUGAGAGCGAGAGGGCGGUGAGACAGGUGUUUUCGAGGGCGCGCGCGUCGGCGCCUUGUAUUAUCUUUUUCGACGAGCUGGACGCGCUCGUUCCUCGUCGGGACGACAGCCUCUCCGAAUCCUCAGCCCGAGUCGUCAACACCCUCCUCACCGAACUCGACGGCCUCGACUCCCGCCGGGGCGUCUUCGUCCUCGCGGCCACAAACCGGCCCGACAUGAUCGAUCCAGCGAUGUGCAGACCGGGAAGGCUCGAUAAGCUGCUUUAUGUGGAUUUACCGGGGGCGGAGGAGAGGGUGGAGAUUGUGAGGACUAUGUUGAGGAAGGUUCCGUUGCGUUCUGAGACGCAGAGGGAGGUGGAGAGGGUGAUUAGGGAGAGAGGGGAGGGGUAUAGUGGGGCUGAUUUGGCAGCGGUGGUUAGGGAGGCUGGCGUCCUCGCGCUUCGGAAAACCCUGGGCACACUCGCGAUGAUGGAGAGCGGCGGAGCGACUUCCGCUUCUGCCAUGCACACCGACACGGGGGCAGCAAAGGAGAAGCAAGAGGAGGAGGAUGUGGACGUGCAGGUGGGCGUGGAAGAGUUCGUGCAGGCGAUGGAGAAGGUGCCACCGAGUGUGAGCAGGGCGCAGAGGAGGAAGUAUGAGGCGCUUAGGGCGAAGUUUGCAGGGAUGCCGGUGGGUGGGGCGAGGGGGAAGGCGAAGGCUGUGACGAGCGGUAUUGAUCUCGAUGUGGAGGAUGAGGAUGAGCAGGAGGGGAAGGGGAAGGAGGUGGGGAUGGAUGUGGGGGGUCAGGGCGUUGCUGCUUAA